UUCGUUUCCAAGGCAUCGGCUUCAACACAGCUCCAGCCGGGUAGCUGGAGUCGGGACGCUGGAAAGCGACUGGGAGAAGAGGGUACCCGCUGACGGCGGUCGCCGCCACAGCGAGUCGCGGGGAGUAGCAGCCGAAGACGGCGGCCGCCGCACCAGCCAUCGCGUGUGGAGGAUAAAAGGCCACCACGGCGACCAGUCCAGGGAAAGGGUUAGUCGUAGAGAAGACAGUGAAAGAAUCCGUGAAGACAGCGACCACCGCUGCAGGGUCUCGACGGGAAGAGUAAGUGAAGAUGUCGGCUUCUCCCGCAAUGAUUCGAGAAGAGUCAGUGAAGACCUGGGUCACCGCCGCAGUGUCUCUCAGGAGAGAGUCAGGAGAGGUGGUAGCCACCGUCCCAGCAACUCUUGGGAGAGAGUAAGGGGAGACCGCAGCAGCGACGUGAGUUUAAGUGAAGUCGGAAGCCACCCCACUAGUGACUCUGGGGGAACAGUCAGAGAAGACCGCGAACUCUGCCUCAGUGGGACUUGGGAGGUGAUCAGGGAGGUCCGGGGCCCCCGAACCAGCGACUCCGGGGAGAGGGGCAGUGACGACCGGAGCCACUGCCUCAGCGGCUCCUGGGACGGCGGGAGUGUGGAUGGCGGUCGCAGCCUCAGCAGUUCCUGGGAAGGGGUAAGUGAAGACCGCGGCUACGUGGCCAGCGAAUCCUCUGCGCAAAGCGUCCGCGAAGACGCCAACCACCGCCUCUUCUGGGAGAGAGAAAGUGAAGACGAAGGUUCCCGCUGCCCGGGCACCUGGGAGGGAUCGACGCAGGACGGCGGCCCCGGGCCUACAGACGAAGAGGAAGACAGCCGCUGCUGCAGUGGUUCGUGGGUCACAGCAAGCGAAGACCGCCGCAGCAGCAGAGGCCUGGACUCAACUCCUCCCCGGAGUCCAGGGGAUCACACCAUGCCUGGGGUGUCCGAUUCAGGCCCCUCCACCUCCUCCACGGAGACUGCGACCCCAUUAGGUGCCAGGAAGAAGGUGCAUUUUGGUAGUAUACAUGAUGCAGUACGAGCUGGAGAUGUAAAGCAGCUUUCAGAAAUAGUAGAACGUGGUGCCAGCAUUAAUGAAGUUGAUGUUCUUCAUAAAUUUACCCCUUUACAUUGGGCUGCACAUUCUGGAAGUUUGGAGUGUCUUCAUUGGCUCCUCUGGCAUGGGGCUGAUAUCUCACAAGUAACCGGGAGGGGUUGGACAGCAGCUCACAUAGCCGCAAUCAGGGGACAGGAUGCUUGUAUGCAGGCUCUUAUAAUCAAUGGAGCAAAUCUGGCAGCUCAAGAUGAUCGUGGAUGCACUCCUUUACACCUUGCUGCAACACACGGACAUUCUUUCACUUUACAAAUAAUGCUCCGAAGUGGAGUGGAUCCCAGCUUGACUGAUAAGAGAGAAUGGAAACCUGUGCAUUAUGCAGCUUUUCACGGGCGACUUGGCUGUUUGCAACUUCUAGUUAAAUGGGGGUGUAGCAUCGAAGAUGUGGACUACAAUGGAAACCUUCCAGUUCACUUAGCAGCCAUGGAAGGCCACCUUCACUGUUUUAAAUUCCUCCUCAGUAGGAUGAGCAGUGCCUCCCAAGCUUUAAAAGCCUUCAAUGAUAAUGGAGAAAAUGUGCUAGACCUGGCCCAGAGGUUCUUUAAGCAGAACAUUUUACAGUUUAUCCAAGGGGCUGAGUACGAAGGAAAUGAUCCAAAAGAUCAGGAAACUUUAGCGUUUCCAGGUCAUGUGGCUGCUUUUAAGGGUGAUUUGGAAAUGCUUAAAAAAUUAAUACAAGAUGGAGUAAUCAAUAUUAAUGAACGUGAUAAUAAUGGAUCUACUCUUAUGCAUAAAGCUGCUGGACAAGGUCAUAUAGAGUGUUUGCAGUGGCUAAUUAAAAUGGGAGCAGACAGUAAUAUUACCAACAAAGCAGGGGAGAAACCCAGUGAUGUGGCUAAGAGGUUUGCCCAUUUAGCUGCAGUAAAACUAUUGGAAGGACUACAGAAAUAUGAGGUAGAUGAUAAUGAAAUUGAUGAAAAUGAUAUUAAGUUUUUUAUAAGACAUGGUGUUGAGGGAAGCACUGAUGCCAAGGAUGAUUUAGGACUCAGUGAGUCGGAUAAAACAGAUGCCAGAGUGAGAGCUUAUAAGAAAAUCAUAGAAUUGAGAAACCUCCUGGAAAUUGCUGAGAGCAACUAUAAACACUUGGGAGGAAUAACAGAAGAAGAUCUAAAGCAGAAGAAAGAACGGCUUGAGUCUGAAAAGACUAUCAAAGAACUGCAGGGCCAGCUGGAGUAUGAACGGCUACGUAGAGAAAAAUUAGAAUGUCAGCUGGAUGAGUAUCGAGCAGAGGUGGAUCAACUCAGGGAAAUGCUGGAAAAAAUUCAAGCCCCCAACUUUGCAGCUGUGGUGCCUUGUGAUGUUCCUCAAACUCCUGCAUUCAGAUCUGUCCUGCCCAGCUGGGUGCAGAGCAUUUUUUGACCAGAAGAAUUCAAAGGUGGUUGACAUCUAGUGAGUAUCGACUGUUUCUAGUGUUCUCUUGCUCCUUCCCAUAGCAUUUCUGUAAUGAAUCUUCUGUGCUGAGAAUACCAGAACAGAUGAGAAAUACUCAGAAACAGGUAGCAGGGCAAAGUGGAACAUGAGACAGGAGCAGUCGAGGGAUGUGUGAACAGAAGAGGAAGUGCAGGACCCAGGAAAUUUGAUUCCUAGCACAGUGGAGCUACAGAGGAUCCAGAGGAUGGCAUGCUAAUGCUGUGUUAUUUUCUUUGGUUAUAUGUUGUGAAACGUUGGUCUAACAUAGAAGCAGAAAUAGUAAGGUGUUCUGUGUGUUGGAUACAUGAGGUAGAGGUGGGAGUGGGUGAUCUCUCAGGGUGCCUCCCAGGCUGAUGCGUCAGCACAGUGUGAUGCCCAAGCACUUCAGACAUAAGCAUUGAUUCACACAAAAUCCUAAAAGAGUUAUAAGCCAAGAGUUGAAAAUAUCAGCAUGGUUAAUUUUUUCCUUUUGGAACAGACAAUGUAGGAAGAUGAAGAUGUGUCUAGCAUGGAAAUCUUAUUUGGCUCUUUUUUCCUCUGUAGGAAGAUGACUCUUCUUGUGAGUCAGGCAAAGAGAAGAGGCGAGUGAAGAAAAAGGUGUCGUCUGGAGGAGUUUUUGUGAAAAGGUACUAAUCAGUGAAAUAACUAAACUUGAUUUUAAAAAAUUUUUAAAUUGAUAUAAAUGUACAUCUGUAUAAAUUCUUCUCAGAAUUACUCUGACAUGCUGUUAUUCCAAUUCUGAAGGCAGAAAUAUGUCAUAUAAUGUCAAAGGGAUUAAAAUUACAGGGGCUGUUGUAUUACCCCUCCCAACAUACUUUUUAUGUAUUUAAGUAGUAGGCAAGUCAAGAUGCUGGAUUUGAGUAAUUAAUUUUCCAAGUAUUCACAUAAACUUUAAAAUAAUACAGUGUAAUAUUCAAAAGGUCUAUUUAUAGAUAAUAAAGAUUAAAAAUUCUAUUA